UUCGCGGGAGGGCUCUUGAGCGCGUAAACCGUAUCCCUUCAUUCAUCAGGCCGUUUCCUGAAGCCAUUUCUAGACGGGAGAAACGAGAGUUGCGCUACUUUUUAAUCCGUUGCAUCUGCCUAAAUGCACUUUCAUAAAGAAAAAUACUUUACAAAAGUCGAUGAAUCAGACUCUCAUCUUUACUUCGGUCUGAUUAUUUUUGUAACUAUUGCGGCGGAUUAGCAGCCAUACGGGCUUGAAAGUACAGAGACAAGAAAGGGGUUACCCCGAAAACGCAAGAUGAGAAGAGGGAUCUCCUCGGCUCCGGACAAAGUGAUUUUAGCGGGGGUUGGGGGCUCUCCUCUGGACAAUAAUAUAAUUUUAACAACUCUUGCGGAUCGUUUAAACCCCGGACAAUCCAACGCUACAUAUAUCCAAAUAAUAACCACCUCACCGCCUUGCAACGUAACACAGACAUCAAAUGUGUGUUUAUCCGAGCCUCAGAUAAACAACAUUUACACAACUCCACAACAAGCUGCAGCAAACGGAGCAGGACAACGACCCGCUCUGGGAAGACCGCCGGCAAAAAGGCGAUUGGCGCUCGACGAUUCAGACCAUCAGUACCAGUCAGAACCAGCCAGAACUCCAAGAGGCAGGGGGGGGGCCGCAGCGACCAAUGGGGCACGGCUAAAGACACCUAGAACACCCAAAUCUCCACCAGAGAAGACGCGGUAUGACACCUCCCUGGGCCUGUUAACAAAGAAGUUUGUGGACCUCCUUGCUCAGUCUUCUGAUGGCGUUUUGGACCUCAACCUCGCUGCUGAAACCCUACAGGUACAGAAAAGACGGCUGUAUGAUAUCACCAAUGUACUAGAAGGCAUUCACCUCAUCAAGAAGAAAUCGAAGAACAACAUUCAGUGGAUGGGCUGUAGUCUGUUGGAGGUAGAGGGAGCAUUGAGUCAGAGACAAAGGCUGACAGCGGAAGUUUCUGCACUGGGAGAAGAAGAGCAGAGGCUUGAACAACUUAUUCAGCGAUGCAGCCUGGAUAUGAGACACAUGAGCGAGUUGCCAAGCAACCAGAAAUAUGCCUACGUAACAUACCAAGACAUCAAACAGCUGGGAAACCUCAGAGACCAGACUGUUAUUGUUGUCAAAGCUCCAACAGACACCAAACUAGAAGUACCAGAUCCUGAUGAGAGUUUGUCCAUCCAUCUGACCAGCACCAAAGGUCCUAUAGAAGUCCUCCUGUGCCCAGAUGAGGAGAAUGACCCCAGGAGUCCUGUAAAAAAUGGCAACACAGACAUUAAUGGGAACUCUCCUUUCCUCAAAGUCCUUCAAGAUCCCAGCUGCACGACCACUUCUGCCAGCCCCUCCGUGGCACCACCUUCCUCCUCCACAGCUGUCUCCGUUACCACACUCUCUCCCAUUUCGUCCCCUUACACCAGUCUUCUCCAGCAGACAGAGGACCAGAUCCCUUCAUCUUUGGGGCCUUUCUUAAACCUUGGGCCACCUCUUCUGGACCAAGACGACUAUCUUUUAGGUUUGGGAGAUGACCAGGGAAUCAGCGAUUUGUUUGAAGCCUAUGACUUUGAUAAAAUGCCCUCCUGCCUCGAUGACCUCCUGUGCAGCUAGCAUUAGCUAACAGAAAUUAAGAUUAAGUGCAUGGAAGAGAGAGAUGUAGAAUCAGUGAGGGUUUUGAUGCCUGCGACUGACUGUGUAGUUAGUGGAAGCCAAUUUUAAAUAGGAGAGGAAACACUGAGGGCUUUUUCAGUCCCAUUGGGACUAAAUGCCAUGUUCUUUCAUGGUGUGAGGGAUGAAUGGCCUUUAAUAAUUUCACACAAAGACACGACUGGUCAGUGUGCAGACAUAUCCAUUACUCCUUGUCUCAGGCUAUGUAAGGCCUCCAGUGUAGCUGAGCGUUGGGGGACAUCUGAAAGCCUUUGCUGCCCGUUUGUUUAAACAUAAGCGGUGAUGGGAAGGAUAUCCACCUCUCUGUGUAACGCAAGGUUCACGUCACUGUACAGAGAGCAGCUUGAAAAUCACCCCCACAUCACCUGGCAUUAACACACAUCCUGGGUGACUGGGUUUAGCAAAAGAUUUCAAGCGUAAAUGCACCCGAAGUGCACAAUUUUGAUUACCUGAAACCAUCGGUAGAAUUCUUGAGUAGGGAAGAGGAAAACUGCUCUGUGUGUUCCCAGUGAUGCAUUUUCUAGUCAGUUGUCCAAAUUCAUCAAGCUCAUCCUGAGAUUUAUCCACAAGUUUAAGAUGUGUUAAUGCCAAGUGUUUUGGGGCAGAGGAGAUACUGAAGAAUUCUUAAUGAUUGCAUUCUAUUGCACCGAUGAUCUGUGAUUGAAUGCUCAUACUGCUGACAGAGGCAUUUUUCUGUGUUCAAAUGUAGAGCAUUUUAGAAAUUAAAAUAAAUAUAAAAAGAAAACAGGGCAAGUUUGGUGCACAGCAUCCAUGACUACGGUUGUGAAAUUACGGUAAGGUCAGGCAGGCUGAGGCUUUUGUCACUUAUCAGGUUAUCUAUUGUAUAUCUGGGCUUCUAACUAUAAAAUUACUAAGAGGAUGAGUAUUUUGUACAUUUAAGCACUAUUUAGAUGUAUUGAGACUAUUUUUGGUGUGCCCCUGAGUUAACUUUCAAAUUUAAAGUUAUCUGUAAAAUGACAAUGGAGAAUAAUAGGUGUGUGUACUCUAAAUGCUCUUAAGGAAGACAGGCAUACAGGCGUUUUUAUCUGUUAACUUGCUUGGCCUGCCAACUGCUGAGCCAUUGGGAAACAUCAUAUUUUGUACAGUGCAAUGAAAAAUUUAAAAAUGCUCAACAUGGAGGAAAGUGAUGUCUAACCUUACAUAACCCAGAAAAAGUUUUCUUUGUUGCUGACAGAAAAGCCAUCACCCCUGGGUAAUUGGGGUUAAGCAAAAACACAUGAUGUACUUGUAUAAAUCUGGCCAGUCAGGACACAGGAUGUGAAAACUUGAAGAUCUUCUCUAACUCAUACUCUUACUGAUACUUUGUGAAUUUAGGACCGAGACUCCCUCUUUUUUUUGCUGCUUUUCACCUGUCCCUUCCAUUGUCAUCAGCAGAAGCUGCCAUAACAAAACUUCCCCUAAUGCCUCCUCAGUUAGACUGUGUGCUGUGAAAUUAUACUGUGGUUUGAGCUUAUCAGAAAAAUUUGACUUUGAACCACUCAAUGCACACUGCCUAAUCAGUGUGCACUGAAAGCAGUGUAGGAGACAGGAUAGGUGAGUAUUAGUCUUUUUAGGUUUAAUAAGUGUUGAAUUUUAAUGGAUUUUAAUACUGUAGAAAUAAAUAAUGAUAUCAUGGUCAUCUAAACAACAAAGGACUAGAUAGCCACUAAUUGAGGCUGCACCAUGUAAUGAAGGGCUUAUUUUCUGGCAUAACAGGAUAUUGGGAAAAAAAAAAAAAAAAAUAGGAAAAGAAGAAAAAAAAAAGAUUUAAAAAAAAGUCCUGUUUUGUAAUUUAAGCAAAUUCACUGCAACCAAGUCUUGUUGUCAUGUGGCCUAGGGUCACCGAAUCUUUAAACAGUGGUUAAACAAGAAAGUUUGAGGACUUGGUGAACUAAGCUGUAGGGAUGUGAUUUUUUUUUUUUUUUUUUUUUUUUCUUUUUCCCUUUUUUCUUCAUCUAGGUAUUUGAAACAAUGUUGAUGUUCACUUCUAAUAGCUUCUUGUGUUUGGUUACAUCCCUCAUAAUGACGGAAAGCAAACAUCUCGCCUGAAACCCUAGCUUUUAAACUAGAGAAACCUGUGGCCGCAGGAAAUAUUGCUGCUGUUAAUGUAAACUUCUCCCCGACCUGAUUGAUAUGUGCUUGAGUCAUUGUGUGUGCAGCAUGUGUGAGUUAAUGUCAAAGAUCAAACUUGCUAAAGAGUUAAGCCUACCGUGUGUAAAUUGAUGUACAGUUUUCUAAAUUUUUCAGUGCACAAGGUACUGUAGGCUACCUCUCACUUAAUGUUUGACAAUAGUAAUAGGGCGUAGAGGUAAAUGCCAUGGUAUGUAUGAGUCUUUGAAUUCCCCUUUGUCAUAGAAAUGACCCUUACAUUAUUUAGAUAUGAUAUUGGAUAUUACAUCGCACUUUUGUCUUUUAAGGUGUGCAAGAUUCCACUUAAACCCUGAUAUAAUAGAGUAUGCCUUUGCUCUUAAUCCAGUCUCAUGCUGUCACAUCUUAAAUUUGAAUAUUGGGAUGCACAUUGGAUGGAUUGUCAAGCAGACAAAUGUAUUGCUAUAUUUCUUUGGUUUUGAUUUUAUUUUAUUUUUUGGGAUAUUUUCCAUAAGUUAUUUAGUUCUUUUGUCAGUGUUUUUUGUGAAAUGCAGAGCAUCUCUUAGACUCAAAAAGCAGUACACAUUCAAUAAUGCAUCUAUGCAUGCAGGCAUUCAUCCAAAGUUGGCUUAUCAUCCCUUUAAUGUUCAUUAGGAGACAUUGCCUGCAUGUCUGUAUGCCACUGAACCAGGAUCAGUGACCUGGUUGUUCUCUGCUGAAGUGUGUAGGGAGCUUUGCUUCUGUGACACUGUGUGUCCGUUUUCGCUUUGGAAUGAUGUGAGGGAGUCUUUCACACUUUUUUCUGCAUUUCUGCUAUUUUCACUUCCAUAGAGUUUUGAAGCCCAGUAAAACCGCUUUUCACGUAAAACCCCAAUUGUUAACCUGAUCCUCACCCAUUCAGGUGAGGAGAAAAUACAGUUUUUUAAGUAUCUAAGAACUUAGCUUAAUUUGUGGCACUCAUUAACAAAUGAAAUUUGACUUAAAUGCACAGAAAUUCUCUGAUUCACAAAACAAAAUUUCCCUAUAGGCAUAUUUAUAUCAGUGUAUUUUGUAUGUAUUUAUGGAAAAGUCAAGCUCAUAUCCCCCCGCAGUUUGGUUCACUAACCACAGUUGUGCUAUUUUCUAAGUCCAUUUAUAUAGGUAAUUACAUUUUCCUCCAUCUAUUACAAGCGACCAGAAUCUGGUCACAAUAUUUUAUCCACUUUUAUGUGAUGGAAACAUGAAUUUUGGAAAGAUUGUACCUUUCCAUGGAUUUCUAAUGGAAUGUUAAAGAUUGUAAUGCACUGCUAAUGCUAGUUAGCCAGUGAGUCUGUAAAUGUAUUAGGGGUGACUUAAAAUUACAGCUCCUUCAUUUCUAAUGUGUGAUUCUGAUGUGUGAUUAGAUCUUGCAGAAAGUUACCAUUAGGCUAAAUGUGGUGUUAACUAUAGUCACGAUUGAAACAGCACUGUUUUUCCUGCUAUUUUUCUUUGGAUAUUCUUAAGCUGAUACCAAAUACAAUAUACUGAUCCAUAAAUAUUCUGUAAUGGUUAUGUGAAAAGUUAACUGUUUGAUGGGGAAGAAUUGACUGUAAAAUUAUGAUAUUGAUGCCUGUUUCCACUAAUUACAGAGAAAAAAAAGCUGUAAUAUCACAUUACGUUUUUUUUUUGCAAUCUGAAAUCAUGGGUGAGAGUAUUGGUGUGCUGUUGAAUGUUUAAGGUAAACUAAUUUGAUGUUUUUGAUGUGUGUCAUUCAGUUAUAUAAACUGUUCCUUUAACAUCUGUUAACUGAGGAAUUUGAGUUGUAUUUGU